AUGAAAGUAGUAGAAAGUUUCAAAAAUAAAAAAUUAAAUCAGAAAAAAACUACUGAAAAUUUGAAAUUAAAAAAAACAAAAAAAUUGAGAAGUGGAUUAAGUUUGAAGAAUGGUGAAAAAUAUAAAAAAAAGAUUAAUAAAGAUAAAGCUUUAAAUUUAUCAGAACAUGAGGAUUCCUUAAAUAAAAAAAAAAAAGAAAAAAAAAGAAAAGAAGAAACAAAAAGUUUAAGUAGUACCAAAAAAAUAAAAAACAAAAAGAUAAAUAAAAAAGAAGGCAAAAAAUCUGAUAAAUUUAAAAUAAAAACAAAUGAUAGCGAGUCAGAAGACCUAGAUGAUAAUGAAGAACUAUGCGAUGAUGAUAACUUAUUUAUGCCUAGUACAUUAAAAAAUAAAAAAUGUAAAUCACUAAUUAAUGAAACAAGUAAACAGCAAAAGAAAAGAAAAAACCUUAAAAAAAAGCAGUGUGCAGCAGAAUAUUUAAAAUUAAAUGAGUAUAACCAAGAAUAUGAAAAAGAUUUACUUAUGUAUGCUAUGAAUGGGCUUUAUAAAUACCUAGAUUUUUUAAAAAAUUACAAAAAAUCAACUGAAACGGAAAAUAAAAUAGAUAAUAAAAAACCUAAACAUUUAUACGUUUGA